AUGCUGGCCGAAUUUGAUGAAAAGCAGAGAGAGAUCGAUCUUCGGCUGAACCUGGACGAGACGACGUUAUUGAGGAACGAAUGGCUUUCUGAAACAUCAUUCCGAACAUUCGACGGAACGAAUACAUCCGAAUCUCCCAGCUUUAUAUAUCUAGGUCGUGAAAGUUCUGUGAUCAUCGACCUGACCUCCGAGCUGGCUAGGACAAAACUAUCGCUUUGCGCACCGAAGGAAGAGUGCCGACCAGAUGUUCAGAUCUCUUUCAGAAGUGAUUCAAAGAAAAAUAUGACGCUCUUCGAUUCCCUCGCAAGAAAGAAGCCACUGGGCAAAUCUUCCAUGCGAUCGGGAGAAGUCAAAGCAUUACCUAUGUUUGCACGGGCUAUGGAGUGGGAAAAAAGGGUCAAUGGUUACCAAUUGAGGAUGUUUGCGUUGUGCUUUCUGUUUGCUCCUUAUAUUACUGCAGAAUCAGAAACAUUCAUGAAAUUCUGUCUCUCUCCAUCUUAUCAAGGAAAGGGUGUGUUGGAGAGCAAUGGCCGUUGCACAGUGCAGUAUCCCAAAAGGAUGAACGAUAGGCUGAAAGCGGAAGAAUUUUGUUUGAGAGCUUCGCCAUACACUUUCGUCGAGGCUGUUCCCGGAGAAUCAGUACGAUGUGUCUUUGUAAGAGAACACGUUUGUGAAGACCACGAGGAGGAUCUUUAUGAAAAAUGCUUCAUCGUGAAACAAGCGAUGGAGGGACCAUUCAAACCUGAUGCUUGCCCGAAGGAAUACACUUUACAUGUUGUCAGUGGCAAGAUAGAGUUACAGUGGCUUUCUGUUAUAUUCAGAAAAUAUCCCAGGGUAUGGGUUGGAAAUAAAGGAAGUUCUACCCGCGUGCUGAAACCAAAAGAACAAAGAGGAUCAAAAAAAGGUAAUAAAAACUCAGAAAAGAGUGAUAGGCCAAUAUUCGUUCAAUUGGCGAAAGGAUCAUUCGGCGGACUACGGCGAGGAGAAGCCUAUUUCGCCAAAGCCAGUGACAAACUGCCAUAUUAUCUGUGCUCUAAAUCCGCAGAUGCGUUUCAAGAAACUUUUGCGGAAGCAGGCGAAAUUCUUGAAAUCCUUGGUUUUGAGUCGGGAAGCUUCACUGGCAAAAAUGGUGAAAAUCUUUACGUCGUAAAUUUCGGUAACUUGCAUGCCGUGGAAGCGAAACGAUAUGAAGCGAACUUCAAAGAACUUCACAGCACUUGCAGGAUACUUCAAAAUGGGUUCGUUGCCGCUCAACAUGAUUUCAAAGAUAAGAACAACUUCCAGAAAGCUUUGGAUCUGAGUUAUAAUAUGCUACCGCGAGCAACAGUGGGACGUGAAUCCUCGUAUACAAUGGAUCCAAAUAAAGAUUGCAAGAAGGAAGAGUUUAUUCAAGAAACCAGGAAGAAAUGGAGUUACUUUGAUGAGCAGGCACAACCCUUGCAAGUCAAAAAGGAGCAUUGGUGCGACAAAUUUCCGGACAAUAUGUGUGCGGACACACCACGAAUCACCGCUGUUAUGCACAAAGAAGGUUACAUUGAUAUGCCAGCGAUGGCACGUCGUCCAAUAUUAUGCGCGUCAGCUGGUAGCGCGGAUCGCGGAAAACCUCCUCCACGGCGAGAAGAAGUCUGUAAUCGUGCUGCCCAUUUUAACAAGAACAGAAAUCGUUGCGAAUGCAACGACCCUAAAUCUGAUGGCAGAGUGAUGAAACCAGAGCUUUAUGGACAUUAUCCUCCCAUGAUGGUUAUCCCCUCCCCGCAAAGCACACCAUCGACUCAUUACCAGUUCAGUUAUGCAGUGCUUACAGGGGUGGUGGCCCCAGUGUUUGGAUACUAUCAUCAAUCAUCAAUAUUUGGAAGUAUCAGUCGUUGCAAAGUCUAUGUCGUCGGCCUUGAUGGUUUAAAUCUCUCUUACUUCAGUACUCAACGUUGA